AUGCGUAAUCAAACACAUCAACAAGCCAUAGAUAUUUUUAACAACCUGGCAUAUCUACCACCAAUACCUCUAACACAAAUAAAACAUGAAGAAGUUCUACAUGAAUGGAAAAAUAUGCUACCCAACAAAUCGAGCGACAGUACCGGGACAUCAGCUUUCAUUCUAAAAAAGCUACCAAUUGAAUAUGUUACAACAAUAACCGUACUAUUUAAUAAAUGUGCAUCGAAUGUUGAAAAUCUCCGACUUCCAAUAGCAGCUUGUAAUAAACCUGCACUAACAAUAUUUGUGGAUUUUCUAUCUGCAUUUGAUCGUAUAUGGUACCCGGCCUUAAUUAAAAAUCUAGAAGGUCUCGAUAUGCCCCUAGCUUUACUAAAAUGGAUUCAGUCGUGGUUACAAAACAGAUACCUAUAUAUAUCAUAUGGUGAAGCAAAUUCGAAAACAAUCAAGAUGAAUGUUGGUGCUCCACAAAGUUCUGUUCUCGCAGCAACGCUGUUUAAACUACAUGUCCACUUCCUCCUUUCGUUUUUAGCUGAAUUUAAUACACACUUGUUUGCAGAUGACUUAGCAAUAGUCAUGCCUGGCUCACUUGAAAAGCGCUUCUCACUGAACAUUGAUGAAAUAGAAGAACACGCAAAAGUAGUCAUGAAAAAGCUGGAAAAAUUCGCACAAGACACUCUACUUGCCAUAAACGUGAACAAAACAAAAGCUCUACUAGUGCAUAGUGUCGUAUCACCUCGAUAUCCUACUAUCAAAUACAACAACCAAAACAUUGAAUAUACGUCAAAACUUUCAAAUACUUAG